AUUCUGUUUUGAGUCCUGGCUGGGGACAGUCCUUCCCCUGGUGAAAGUCGGCAGGGCUUUUUCUUGACGACAUCAGUGGACGUGACUACUCAGUUGCCACUUGUUGAGUAUCUCUGAUCGCAUGUUUCUCUGAGGAUUUAUUGGAAUAUUAAACCUUCAUCAUGUAUGGCACCUCGUUUACUUACUCGGGUGAUCUUUAUCUCUAUCCCGGUGAGGUGAUCAUCGGUCAUACACCAAAUGUACUCAAGUUUGAUUCCUACAAUGGGUUGAACCGUGGAAUAUCAGGAUCACUCUACUGCACCAACUUCAAAAUCAGCUUCGUCACAGCUAAUAGACCCAUGCAACAUGUGAUUGAAAUAGACCACAGAAAUCACCUUUUCAAGGAGAAUGACAUUCCACUCACAGGCGUUGGUCAACUCUUUCAGGUCAGUAACGGUAAACGACGUCAGAUGCUACCUGGAAUGGGUUCAACCAGUCAUGUGAAACUCAUCGAGAUCAGAUCAAAGAAUUUUAAAGUACACAUGUUCAGCUUCAAGUUUGCCCCCAAGAACACGGUUAAAACGGUAAGACAGCAUGCCAGGAAACCCUAAGGAAGCAAGAGCCAC